GGAACCGAUGGCUCGACCAUGCUGAGCUGCAGAGGAGGCCUCGUGGAAAAGUUCCAGGAGGUCAUCCCCCAGCUGCUGCCUGUCCACUGCGUCGCCCACCGGCUGCACCUGGCCGUGGUCGACGCUUGUGGGGGCAUCGAUCUGGUGAAGAAGUGUGACCGGCACAUUCGGACCGUCUUCAAGUUUUAUCAGUCCUCGAAUAAAAGGCUGAACGAGCUGCAGGAAGGCGCGGCUCCCCUAGAGCAGGAAAUCAUCCGCCUGAAGGACCUGAACGCCGUCAGGUGGGUGGCCAGCAAGAGGCGCACGUUGAACGCGCUCAUCGUGAGCUGGCCGGCCCUGGCGAGGCACCUCCAGGGCGUGGCAGAAGCCGGGGGCCAGAUCGGGCACAGGGCCAGAGGCAUGCUGAAGCUGAUGAAAAGCUUCCAUUUCGUCAAGUUCUGCCACUUCCUUUUGGACUUCCUGAGCAUCUACAGGCCUCUGUCCGAGGUGUGCCAGAAGGAGAUCGUGCUGAUUACGGAGGUGAACUCCACACUGGGACGGGCCUACGUGGCCCUGGAGACCCUCCGUCACCAGGCAGGGCCCAAAGAGGAAGAGUUCAACGCCGGCUUCCGGGACGGGCGGCUCCAUGGCAUCUUCUUGGACAGAAUGCAGAUGGCAGAGCAGCGGUUCCAGGCGGACAGGGAGAGAAUGAUCCUGACCGGGAUCGAGUACCUCCAGCAAAGGUUUGACACAGACCGGCCCCCGCAGCUCAAGAACAUGGAGGUGUUUGACACCAUGGCCUGGCCAAGUGGGAUUGAACUUGCCACUUUUGGGAACGAUGACAUUCUUGCCCUUGCCAGAUACUUUGAGCUCUCCCUCCCCGCAGGGUACAGCGAGGAAGCACUCCUGGAGGAGUGGCUGGGCCUGAAAGCCAUCGCCAAGAACCUUCCGUUCUCCAUGCUGUGUAAGAACGCCCUGGCCCAGCACUACCGGUUCCCCUUGCUGAGCAGGCUGGUGGCGGUGGUGGCCUGCGUGCCCGUCUCCACCUCCUGCUGUGAGCGGGGCUUCAGUGCCAUGAACCGGAUCAGGACCGACGAGAGGACCAAGCUCUCCAACGAGGUGAUCAACAUGCUCAUGAUGACGGCAGUGAACGGUGUGGCAGUCACGGAGUACGACCCCCAGCCCGCCAUCCAGCACUGGUACCUGACCUCCUCAGGCCGGCGUUUCAGCCACGUCUACACUUGUGCCCAAGCGCCACCUCGCUCCCAUGUGGGACCAGGGCUCAGGAAGGAGAAGAUGGGGCACUCUAUGUGGAGGAGGCUGUGACCCAGAAACCGCCCGUUCCACCCUACAAGGAGCCGGUGGAGAUCCUGAAGGACUGCAUCGUGGACCCUCCUGACAGACUCCUGUACCCUCCUACCAGCCAAGAGGCCCCCAAGCUGUCUUGACGGAGAGCUCAUGUCGGAGCAGGAAUCCUAGGUAUUGCCUUGGAGGCCCCCCCCGCCCCCCCCCCCCCCCGCUGCUGCCUUGCCCCCGGGAAUCAUGGUGACAGGCUCUCUGCAGAAUCAAGGCUGCCCUAGAGUCUUUGCUUGGGGGAGGGGUGCUCUCCACCACCAGGAAGUGGGCAGCGAACAAGAUAGUUAAGCCCACCUCCCAGAGAGGCAGGGUAAUCAGGAGCACAAACCUGCUUCCCAAGGCCCCUUUCUGAGCAAUGGUGACCUCCUGGCACUUUAAAUAUGCAGAAAGGUUCCUAGCUCAAAUUCAUUUUUAAGGUGCUUCAGGAAAUAAUCCCAUCAUGAAAUAUUCCACCCCAUGAUCUGGUAGCAAGAGGGACUUCUCUGAAAUGGGAGAGAGGCUGUUGGGGCUUCCAGAAGCACCCCCCCACCCCAUCAUCCCCCUUGGUUGGUUGGGGAGCAUUCUGGGGAGGCUGCCCACAUCCUCAGUGGCAUGGAGGAGGCACUGUGAGCGCAGAGGAUCACCAGGCUCUAGGGACCACCGGCCCGGCUCUGGGGUCUCACCCUGGCUCUACAGCAGAAGCAGGGAAGCUUCAACUCAGAUGGGACACUUGUACCAGAGAAUUUCUCUACCUCCUCCAGGGGCUCCCUUAGGAGGGGCAAGCCAAACCCUCUCCACAGAGCACUCCAGAGAGGUCAUCCCGGGACAAUGGAGGAAAAGUCUUUCCUGGAGGGAGUCUGCUGCUUUCCCGCGGUGGCAGCACUUCUGUUUGACCUGAGCCUGGUUUCCUGAGGAGCAGACACGUCCACACUUUCACUUGGAGGCUUGGGCUCCAGCCCCAGCUCUGCCGCAGGCAGAGGUUCAACCGUAAUGAUACCCUCCUCUUUCCUGUGCCUCAGUUUCCCUCUCCAUGACGUGGCAGCAGAGAAUUCAAGUGCCUGCUGGCUCCUGGUCUGCCACUGGGCUGAUGAGUGACGGCGCCUCCAGCUCCCCAAAAGUCAGACCUCGGGCUGCACAGAGUGGACGUAGCUGCCUUCAGCCCUUGUCCUCGUCCUUGCUACCGACGUCCUUAUUGCGGGAACAGAGCUCCCUAAAUGUGCCAGCAGCAUGGUGGCCUGGUCCGCUCUUCCCAGUUCUCUGGGACCCAGCCUGGGAGUCACUAGGGGUGCUUGUUAAAUAUGCUCAACUCCUUACCUGCUUGAGCGGAUAUCUGGGACUGGGGCUCAGCGACGGGCAGUUUGGAGCAAGGUCCUCCAGGAACUUCAUGGGCUCACUCAAGCUUGAGAGCACUACCCUGGAGGCCCAGAAGGGUAUACUUGCACAACUAUGUUCCCACUCCCCCUCACCCCUCUCCCCUCACUCCCUGAAGCAAGCACUUUUCCCUCCAGGGCACUUCGUUUUGGUAGGUUCCUAGGCUGCUUAUCUGCUGGGGAUGAUGUGGGGCCUGGUCCCCGCCUUCCUAACCUUCCUGGGUAGGAAACCAGGGGAGGUUAGAGGGCAGGUUUGGACCCCUGCCUUUUGCUUGUUUUAGACAGGCAGGAAAUGGUGCUGCGUCCUGGCCUUGCGCCGGGGGCCCCCGCCCUGUGCUGCAUGCUAAGUCGCCUGCCCUCAGCCAGCGCUCUGUCCUCUCGCCCGUCCUGGGAGGUUGCUGAGAGCCUCUGAGAUGCUGGUAUGGACUGUCGCCUUCUAACCACCCCCCCCCCCCCCCCCGCCCCCGGUUCCAGUGUUUCUGACUCUCCUUCUCGUCACCCCCUUUAGCACUUAGCCUUAGUGCCAUCGUCUUCCUGUUUUCUUCAGCUGCGAGCCGGGAAUUCGUUCCCACUUUCUGCCUUCUAUUGGCUGUGGAAAUGCCUCUCUUCCAGCCCCAGGGUCAGGGGUCUGGCUAUACCACGGGCCUGUAGGAGCUACAGAUCUGGCAGUGUUACUGUCCACACCAAGAGGGAGCCCAGGCCUCCCUCCCCAACUCACAUAAGGUUCUGUGGGGAGUUCCGGACUCUGCCCUAGGCGAGGUGCUGGGGCUACAAAUUGGUGGGGUGGAAGAGAGAAAGACCCCUUAAAAUAGGGGUCGUUGCCCCACCCUAUCCAUAGAUUCCAAACGAGGUGGCUUUCUGGCAAGCAUCCUCCCUGGGGCUCUUCCAUCCUGUAAGAAUCCUCAGAGCAUGAGGCUAGUCCCGCGAGCAGUGUUGUGUGUGUGAGCUCCACACACACAGCUCCCUGUGCAGCUCUAGGCGCUGAGGUGGAGGCCAGGUAGGGAAGCAUCCAGCCUCCACACCCAUGUACUGAGGAAGCCUCCGAUACCGGCUUUUGAGAAAGUUAGGCCCCUUGGAGCAGGUGAUGGAAAAUGCUGUUUUUGUUUUUUUUGUUUUUUUUGUUUUUUUUUUUUUUGCAGCGAUUUGCACUGUCCACAUUUCUUGAGAGGCACAGGCAGGCUAGCUAAUGGCACAGAGGCCUACCGACGUUUUUGUGCAGGACCCCAGGGCUGACACGUGGUGAACACCUUUGCUGGAGACUUAUUACCCAGCCUGACCUCUUUGGUUUUGUUUCAAGGCACUUGCGCAUUUCAAAUCCAGGGCCUGGAGACACCCUUGUUGGAGAGGCUUCCUAUUUUUGCCUCACAAGGAAAACAAGCUGAAGAGAAGGAGCAAGCCUUUGGCCAGAGUCCUAGCCACGCCUCCACCCUCCUGCACCAGCAACAGGCGCAGAUCCUGGCAUCCUCCCACCCCUGAUGCCCAGAGGGGUCUGACGUCUGAGUAACCGGCAUUAUAACUGAUGGUUUCAUUUCAGUAGCCAUAGAGACCAGGUGGGAGGGAAUUCAGCCCCCUGCCCUCGCAGACACCUAAGACAGUGUAACUACCCAGACCUUUUGGUUCUUCCUCAAGCCUACGUUGGGUUCCUGGGGCGCUAAGUAUUUAGCAGGCAGCGUGAAGAUUGGCCAAUUCUCUCAUGCAGGUGCCCGUCAGCCAAGGAUACUCAGGGCGAUCGGCAGCCUCUUCUGGCUUCAGAGACGUGCAAAUGAGGUUUAAAAACCCCACGUUGGAUUCGCAACUUUUUGCUCCCUGAAUAAAGCCGUUUGUUUCGACC